UAGUCUCAGUCAUUAUUGGUCAGCGAUUAGUGCCGUGUGUCCUUUUUUAUACAUUGUAUUUCAAAAUUAAACGAAUAACCAUAAUGUAUCAGUGGUUAAAAUCUGGUUCACUUAAAAGGCCUCUAUCUGAAAUAGAAGAAGAUAAUACUGUGAAUGAUAUGAAUAAAGUUCAGUGUACUGAUCAACAUAGUAGUUCAGACUCAAAUCGCCGUAAUGUAAACUCGAAGAGUACCGUAGGAACUAAAGUGAGAAAGUAUAACACUGAAUAUUUACAAUUAGGAUUUACAUUUGCUGGGACUGAAGAUGAACCAAAACCACAGUGUAUUAUUUGCUUGGAGAUCUUGUCCAAUGAAAGUAUGAAACCUUCCAAACUACGACGCCAUUUUGAGACUAAACAUGGCGAAUUUACUAGUAAGUCGUUGGAUUUUUUUGUAGUCAAGUUAGGAGAAUUUAAAAAAUCACAAAAAGUGAUGAAAUCUUCGACAAGUUUAAGUGGUAAUAAAAAUGCCACUUUAGCUUCAUACGAAGUCGCUCAACUUGUUGCAAAAUCUGGUAAGGCUCAUACCAUAGCCGAAGAACUAAUUCUUCCUGCUGCAAUUGUCCUGUGCAAAACAAUGUUAGGUGAAUCUGCAGCAAAGUUGAUUAGUUCUGUCCCCCUAUCUAAUAAUACUAUUCAAAGAAGAAUUACUGAUAUGUCUGCAAAUAUUGAAGAAACACUAUUUACAAGGCUAUCUACAAGUGACAAGUUUGCAUUGCAACUAGAUGAAAGUACUGACAUAGCAAAUCAUGGCAUCAGGUGGGAAAAAUGCGUUGGAAUAACCACUGAUGGUGCAGCAGCAAUGUCGGGUUACAAAACUGGAUUGUUGGGUCGUGUGAAAGAAGUUGCACCUCAAGUAAAGUGGACUCACUGUUGUAUUCAUAGGGAAGCGUUGGUUGCUAAACGCCUAUCAGAACACAUGAAAACAACUUUAGAGGAAGUAGUGAAAAUUAUAAACUUUAUUAAAUCACGACCUCUACAAUCAAGGCUUUUUGAAGUCCUUUGCAAAGACAUGGGAAGUGACCACGUACAGCUUAUUUUGCACACUGAAAUUCGAUGGCUCUCACGUGGAAAAAUUCUUCAGCGUUUUUUUGAGCUAAGAGACGAAAUUCGAGUAUUUCUUCUCGAAACCAGGUUUGUAGGCUUGUUAACUGAUUUUUCUUGGCUGUCUCGGAUAGCUUACUUGGCUGAUGUGUUUGAAUACUUGAAUACACUAAAUUUGAGUUUACAAGGAAUUUAUAUUGACGUUUUUCACGUUGAGGAUAAGAUCGAAGCAACUAUAAAAAAGUUUGAAAUUUGGGCAAUACGUGUUGAAAAGAACUCUUUCAGUAACUUUCCGACAUUACAAUCUUUUUUGGAAUCUUCGUGUGAAUGUCUAUCACAGGAGGUAAAGAGUGAAAUAUCUGAACACUUGUUGAGCAUGGCCAAAAUAUUAAGAAAAUAUUUUCAUCAACCUGACCCAAAUAAUACGUGGAUAAGAAAUCCAUUUCACUGUGAUAUUGAAAAAAUAGAAAAUCUCUCUGAACAGGAACAAGAUGAAUUA